GGUUGGAACUCCCUAUCGAACUCUUUCAGUAAACAUGACCAGAAGUACAUCAGGAAAUGCAUCGCUCGAAGAGUCGUCAUACUUUUGGGAGCGAUGUACUCGCUGUCCUUGAUCGAUAGAACGACUAUGGGCAUUGCAUUGAUUGCCGGCAUGGGGAGAGACCUACAAUUAAGCGGCCAACGUUACAACAUUCUCAACGCCAUGCUCUUUGUACCCUACCUUCUCUUGCUUCUCCCUUCAACUGUGGUACUACGAAAACUCGGGCCUCGCACAUUCCUUACGACGACCACAUUUCUCUGGGGAAUUACCACAACUGCCUCCGGUUUCGUGAAGUCUUGGACACAGUUGCUCGUCCUGCGUCUCAUGCUUGGUGUUUGGGAAGCUGGCCUCUUCCCAGGUUGCAUGUAUCUGCUGCAAUGCUGGUUUCCUCGAUAUGAUCUGGCCAAAGCAAACGCGGAUUUCUUCCUGAUUGGCCUCAUACCGGCAUCUCUGAGCGGUCUGAAUGCUGCCGGCGUCUGGAGACUGGAAGGUCUCGGACAUGGACCAGAUUGGUGGGGUGUUCACUACAAGAACGUAGCUUUUGGCUAUCCCGCCUACAGCCCUCCUCCCAACGCUACCGCGCCCGUUUCCAAUCCUAAUGCAGAGUAUGGGCCAGGCCUUGCUGGCUGGAGAUGGAUAUUCCUGUUAAACGGCGGCGUGACCUGUCUCACCAGCAUGGUAGCCUUCUUUCUGAUAGUCGACUUCCCGGAGAAGAUCGUGCAAGGCGCGCGUUCAUAUGUCAAGUUCUUGACAAAAGAGGAAGCCACCUGGGUCGUGGAGCGCAUCGAUCGCGAUCGCGAGGACGUGUUACCUACACCAUUUAUCGUCAGCGACUACUUGAAACAUAUUUGGGACCUCAAAAUCUGGUCAUUCGCAGCACUUCACGGAUUGAGUGCCUUUGUUGGCUAUGCCGUAGCCUUCGCACUGCCUAUCAUGAUGAUCGAGGACAUGAACUUCACGUUCCCUCCCAAAGCGAUGGCACUCACUGCACCACCUUACAUCUUCGGAGCAAUUGUCGGCCGUGUGUCUGCUCAUUUCUCAGACAAGACGAAGCUUCGAUCACCAUUCUUGAUAGCAAAUUACUGCUGGACCAUUGUCGGUCUAAGCAUGAUGGCGUUCGCUACCAACAACAUCACCCAGUAUAUUGGCGUCUUUUUCGCCGUCCUCCCGAAUUGCGCCAAUGUCCCUGCCAUCCUCACCUGGCAAGCAAACAACAUCAGAGGGCAAUGGAGACGAGCUCUGGUAUCAGCUUUCAGCAUCGGAGCCGGGGCUACGGGAGGGCUGGUGGGCGCUUUUGCUUUCAGGAUGUAUGACAGGCCGCACUUCUACCAUGGGUAUGGGCUGUGCAUUGGAGCUAUGGUGCUGAGUCUCGUCAUCAUCCUGUUGCUAGAUUUGUCGUUCGUGAAGGCAAACAAGAGGGCGGGACUCGGCGGGACUGAGGGACUGGCAGGUUUCCAGUAUACUUUGUGA